AUGAUCGAUGAUAAUUUCUACAAUACGGAAAUAAACCUGACGACGCAUCGUGCCACGCCUGACAACGUGGUAGAUUUGUUCCGAAGGCAUGUGGUUCCAGAGGUGUUUGAUGUAUUGUCGCUGGACACUGAUGGAAACCAGUGGCUUUUGUGGAUGAAUCUAUGCAAAGACGGUGGUUAUCGGCCACGUAUUGUUAUGAUCGAGUACAAUGUCGACCUACCCUUUGAUGAAGAUGUGGCAGUCCGCUACUCGAGCUAUCCUGUGCACCAGCUAUGUCUAGCCAAUCUGGGCAAGUUUCCGUCGAUGGUUUCUGCAAGUAUCACUGCACUAAGGAAUCUGGGGCGUGCUCUAGGUUAUGCCUUGGUGCACAUUGGAGCUGUAGAUUUGACGUUUGUUCGCGCAGACUCGUUGCAUGGUUUGAGCUUCCCUGCGCAAGAUGAUCCAGCUGGUCUGUGUGCCCUAGCACGUUAUCAAGCGCGUGGACGGAAGCAUUUGUUACACAGGUGCGCUACAGGCUGGCGCCAAAAACCGGCCCACGAAAUCUUAACGAAUUCAGCAUCUGCCUUGUCCGGUGACUUUCGCCUGAAUGACACGGACUGGACAUUCGAGCGAGUAUUACGGACCUAUUGCUGA